GGCUUGUUAUCUGGUUUUGAAGGAAUUACGUUUUUCAGGUUUUCAAAAUGUUUAUUUAAUCUGUUUGUUUCUCCCUAAAAUGAAACGUUUUUUUAAAUGAAGCUGUUCUUCAUUUAGGUAGUAAAGUGACGUAACUUCCUAUAGCUCCAGUACAAGGUGCUUUGUCCCACAGCUGUAGGGUCAGGUCUCUCGUCCUUCAGUCAGAGCACCAGGUGCUUUGUUACGCAGCCUACGGCAUAAUGCCCCAGUUGACCUGUUCGGCCAUGGGUCCCCUCACUCUGCUGGCCACAUACAUCAUCCUGACGCUGAGUGUGGCCAGAUGCCAGCAGUGGAACAAGACAGCAACACCACUUGUCAUAUUCCACGUCGGAGCUCACGUCAGAUCCACAUGCGUGUUCUUGUAUUAUAAUCAGGAAAGCCUGAUGCUAGACAAAAUUCGACUGCUUGUUCAGGUUCAGAAGGCGCUAACACUGAGACAAAUGGCGUCUGCUGUUAUUUCAAUCGAUCAGCUGAUCGCACACCACCAUCUCGGUUGCCGUAGCAACCGCCCUCUGUACGUCCUGUUCUCCAGUGCCACCCUGCUCCAGGUUUCAUCAAAAGUUCGCCUUUCAGACGCGGUCUGGAUUCUGUUCAGCAACUUUCAAGAAAAAGACGUAGAAUCACUGCAAGAAUUCUUUCACAACGUGUACAUUCCUCUGGACUGCCAUUUUCUCGUGGCGCACUCCCAGGGGCCCGACAACAUCAUCAUCAUCAGCGAAGUGUACCACGUGACUCGAGAUCUUCCACUCGCCAAAAACUACUUUGGAAUUUUGAGUCAUGGGGCCUGGGUAACCUUGGCCACCAUCAGCUUCUUCGAACGGAGGAAUGACUUACAGGGCAUGACCAUGAAAGUUGCCACUAUGACGGAACCACCAGUCACCAUUGUGAAGACAGUAGACGGUAGAUUAGUUCUCGAGGGAUUUUUCGGAAAGGUGUGGCAAGUUCUGGAGAAAAGGAUGAACUUUACGAACUGUGUGUUGAUAAGGCAGAUAAGCGGGGAAAAGGACCCGACGUGGUACGGUUUCCUGAAGCCCCUCAGCUCGCAGCUGUGGGCGCUGGUGAUCCUGACCCAACUCGUCAUCAUUCUCUGUCUUAACGUGGUGAGGCGUCUGAAGUUGCGGUGCCUCGGCCGAAAAUCAUCGGAUUCGCGAGACGACGGGCACUUCGCAGCCCAAAUUGUGGGAAUAUUCUUUUUACAAGGUGUGAAUGUGAAAACGGGGUUUUGUUCCGAGCGAGUUCUGUACCUGGUAGCUCAGUUGUCAGCUCUCACCAUCCACACGGCAUACGCGGCCUUCCUGAUCUCCUGCCUCACCGUUCACAAGUUUUCACUGCCCUUCGACUCUCUGCGGGAACUCAUCGAUAUUGGCACUUACAGGCUGGGAGUUCUGGCGAACUCCGGCCAACUGAACAUCUUCAACAAUGCGACAGAUGAUCUGAUGAGAGAGGUGUACGCGAAGCUCAUAGCUCCAGACAAGGACAAUCUUCCGAUUAGUAUUGAAGAAGGGAUGCAGCGCGUUUGUGACGUCAAUUGCUACGCGUUCAUGACGUCACUGGACGUUGUCCUGGGACUGCUGGACAACAUCACAUGCGAACUGUCCAGCGUCCUGGGCGCGUCUAUACCAGAAAGUCUGGCAAUGUCGGCCAUCAAGCAGAGUCCAUAUUUGGGCCUCAUAAAUCACAACCUCAGGGCGAUGUUUCGCAGUGGUGUCCUCAAGAGGUUGCGGGCUCAAGAAUGGCCCACGGAAUUACCGCCCGCGACAGUUCUCUGGGUUCCCGUCGACUUGCCGAGCACACUUCCCUUCCUCGCGGUACUUGGUGGCGCCCUCUUGGUGUCUGCCUUGCUUCUGACAGCAGAGAGACUUCUAGGGAGACGUCGUCAGUCAGUGUCUUGCAAAGUUUUCUGUCCCAAGAAUGCUCUGAGCUCAACAGCUGCUAAUUCUACCGCGAACUCAGGAGGGAUUUUUCUGUUACUCUGA